CUGUAAUUGCCUCGUCUGUUAUUUCCGUGAAAACUCUGAAAGAAUGUCGUGCAGUCCUGUGAAGUCACUUUUGGCAAGUGUGUCUCGUAGAAAGCCCUUGGAACCUGAGGGUGAGCAGUCCACGUUUAACCGAUGCCUUACCAUUGUGGACCUGCUGGCCCUGGGCGUAGGUAGCACUUUAGGGGCCGGAGUUUACGUGCUCUCUGGAGAAGUGGCCAGAGAUGCUGCAGGACCCAGCAUCAUCUUCUCCUUCUUCAUUGCCGCCCUGGCCUCUGUAUUCGCCGGGCUGUGCUAUGCAGAGUUUGGGGCCCGGAUUCCCCAGACCGGCUCGGCUUAUCUAUACAGCUACGUGACUGUUGGAGAGCUGCUGGCUUACAUCACUGGGUGGAAUCUGUUGAUCUCCUAUGUCAUCGGGGCAUCCAGUGUGGCACUGGCAUGGAGUGCGACAUUUGAUGACCUCAUGGGGGGUCACAUGUCUAAAUACUUUGAAGAACAUGCAGCCAUGGGCCUUCCUGGACUGGCACCUUACCCAGACUUCUUUGCUGCUUCUCUCAUCAUGUUACUUACAGGUCUGCUGGCCUUUGGAGUGAAAGAGUCCACUACAUUCAGCAAGAUCUUCACAGGGAUCAACAUUCUGGUGCUGUCGUUUGUGAUCAUUUCUGGCUUCAUAAUGGGAGAUCUCUCCAACUGGAAGAUCAGUGAAGCGACUGCACUAAAUGAAACAGCCAUCCUGAAAAACUUGACCUCAACUGUUAAUCUGACGAGUGAGUUUGGAGUUGGUGGAUUUUUCCCUUAUGGUUUCACUGGAGUGCUGACGGGUGCUGCAACAUGUUUCUACGCUUUUGUUGGAUUUGACUGCAUUGCUACAACAGGUGAGGAGGUGGAGAACCCCAAAAGGAUGAUUCCUCUGUCCAUCAUUGUCUCACUGUUGAUCUGUUUCUUGGCCUACUUCGGUGUGUCUGCUGCUCUUACGCUGAUGAUGCCCUACUAUGCUCUGAAUAAAAAAAGCCCCCUGCCUGUGGCUUUUGACUACAUCAGAUGGGGUCCUGCCAAAUACGCUGUAGCAGUGGGAUCGCUCUGCGCCCUUACCGCCAGUCUAUUGGGAGCCAUGUUUCCAAUGCCCCGUGUGUUGUUCGCCAUGGCAAGAGAUGGUCUUCUCUUUGAACCUUUGACCAGAGUUACUGCCAGGGGAAGUCCUGCUGUAGCUACAUUAGCAUCUGGAACCGUAGCAGCCGUCAUGGCUCUGCUGUUUGAUCUGGCAGCCUUGGUGGAUUUGAUGUCCAUAGGAACUCUGUUUGCUUACACACUUGUGGCCAUAAGCAUUCUAAUACUGAGGUACCAGGUGGUUCCAGCAGAAAACAAAGACCCAGGCCGCCAUGCCAGAGAACUAAAAUACAAGUUUGGCUGCCUGAAGCUUCCUCCGUCUCCUACUUCUUUCACCUCAACAACUGUUACAGUCUUGACUGUUAUCUGUGUGAUCUGCAUUUUCGCACUGUCUGUCACGCUGACCCAAGCCUCAGACGCUCUGUCCCGUGCCGACGGUUGGAGUGUGUUUUGCCUUUCGGUUGUGGUCGUCUCCCUGGUGCUCACUGUUUUCUUUAUGUGGAGACAGCCGCAAAAUGACAUCAAGGCAUCGUUCAUGGUGCCUUUUGUCCCCGUUUUGCCUUUACUGAGUGUGUUUAUCAAUGUCCACCUGACCGUCCAGUUUGACAGAAACACAUGGCUACUAUACACCCUCUGGAUGUUAGUGGCUUUGGUCAUUUACUUUGGUUACGGGAUCUAUCACAGCACUCAGAAGCAACGCGUCAUGACGGAGAAGCUAAAAUUUGAAAGAGUCGGUGGCAAAACAAACUAAAUUGUGGAGGAAAAGAUUGUGAGCGUCUCGCAGCAUCAUGGGACCAGCGAAAAAGUGAACAGACUGCUGAAGCAGCGAGACGACGUUCUGUUUUUUUUUUUCCCAACAGUCAUGUGGAGACAGUCUGACUAAACUCACAUAUAUUUUUAAAACCUAAGUUCAGUUUGUGAUUU